GCUGGGCAGAAUCUGACUACUGAAUAACUGAACCAAGAAUGACAAGCUGAGCUUUACACAUCAUCUCCAUGACUACCAUACAACAAGCUAGGGAUUGUACCUAACUUGUAUGCUCAGUAGCCCAACCCAUCUGCCAAAUGAUUGGUUGCACAACUCAGUAGGGGGUUUUCACUGGCACCUUGCAAUGCCAUUCACAUAACUUGCUCAGCAGGCUUGGCUGCAUGCACAAAGCUAUCAGUAUAGAGACUCUGGGGUUUCCUUUGCUUUUAUUCAGAUUUAUACAUUGCCUUGCCUUAGUUCUUUAUAGUGCUGCCCUAGCCUUUCCACAGUGGAAAAGUUAAAAGAUCUGAUAUUUGUAGAUCUUAUAUAUCCAUUGUUAUAGGACAUUUUGAUGCGGAUACCGUAACAUGUUGUUAGGCAAGAGGUUUACCAAGGAUAUUGGCUCAAUGUUGCCUUCGGUGGAAGAGGCCAAGGAUGCAGAAGAGGAAGAGCAGGUGCAGCUAUGCCUAGGUGGGAUCCCUAGCAGGCCACCUAGCAGACCUCUGGCUCGCCUGAGCAGGGGAGGCGUGGAGAAUAAAAUUGUACCACGAUCUGCUAAAUCAAGACUUGAGCAUGACAGUGACGAACAUCAGAAUGCAGCUGAAUCUUAUGAACUAGAAGCAUCAGAGGAAAAGGCUCAGAAUAAUGUUACUGAAAAUAAUGUUGAUGAAGCAGAAGGAAAAGAGGAAAACUGGGACACAGAGUUAGAAGUAGAAGAAAUCAAGGAACAAUACGAUCCCACUGGAAAGGCCAAAUACUUGUCAGCAUGCCAGUUCUAUGGAGUUAUACCAGUUUCCUAUUUUUUACGCCACCUGCAAGAUCCAGAGCUUGUGAUGAGGCACCAUGGACUUGGUCCACAGGCUACUAAAGCACUGGCUGUUACGCUGGUCACCAAUACCAGGAUUGUAACUUUAGAUCUCAGUGAUAACUGGCUUGGAGGCGAAGGUGCUGCAGCAAUUGCAGAGAUGCUGAAGGAAAACUGCUACAUUUCAGAGAUUCACUUGGCCGAUAACAAACUUGGUGUGAAAGGUGCCAAAGCCCUAUCACAUAUGCUUGUGGAGAAUACAACCUUGCAAAAACUAAACCUGUCAGGAAAUGAAUUUUCUGAUGAAGCAGCUCAAUAUAUUUCAGAAGCCUUCAUGAGCAACCAAAAGGUGGAGUGCACGGACCUUAGCCAUAAUAUGUUUGGAGAGGGUUCAGGGGAGACGCUUGGUACUGCAAUUGCCGAAAACACAGGAAUGUUGGAGCUUAAUCUUAGCUGGAACAACUUUCGUGGAAAGGGAGCUGCUGCCAUAGCUAGAGGCCUAGGGGCUAACAUAUUUCUGAAAGCAAUUGAUCUCUCAUACAAUGGAUUUGGCAAUGAUGGGGCUGCAGCCCUAGGGGAAGCUUUGAAGGUUAACAAUGUGCUUGAAGACAUAAAUAUAAGCAACAAUCGAAUUUCAGUACAAGGAGCUGUUCGUUUUGCGAUGUGUCUCAAGGCAAACAAGACUUUGAGGAUACUGAAAAUAUCUAGGAAUCCAAUGCAGAGUGAAGGUUGUUUUGCUAUUCUUAAAGCAAUUCAAGCCAACUCUGAGUCUGCCAUGGAGUGUCUGGAUUUCUCUGAUAUUUUAGUGAAUAAAGAAUUUGAUGACUUGUACAAUACCAUGAAAGCAGCUUUGCCAAAUCUGUCUGUAAAGCAUGGGGGAAAUCCUGACAUGUUUAAAAAGCAGGUACCGAAGCUAGAUCCAAUGAAAAAAGUUAUUCAGUAUAUUAAAGAACACAACCUUCAGGUGGAUGAGCUAUCAAAAGUGCCAGAAGAAGAUAAGAGUCUACCCAUGACGUAUGAAGAGUUUCAGAAGAAUCUAACGGGUGCUGGAAUUGUUUUGCCACACAAUGAUUUGCAGCAGCUAAUAGACUUUCUUGACACAAAUAAGAGCAACAUGAUUGAUUUCAGUGUCUUUCAGAAAGGACUAUCUUCUUGACAAGAAACUAGAGAAGAACAAACAGACCUGCCUUGUGUUUCCCUUGAAAAUCGCCAGUUUUCCAGAUACAUUGUAACGCUGUUAACAAUAGCCUUGUUAACAAGGUUACGUCUGCCCAGAGAAUUGUGAAUUGUGCAUUGUCUAUACAAUAUUGUCUAUAUAUAUAUAUAUAUAUAUAUAUAUAUAUAUAUAUAUAUAGUCUGUACAAUAUUGUUCUGGGUAAAUAUGUGAAUUACAGAUUGGUGUGUAUGACGCAAAAAUGGACAAUGAAAACUGUAAAUGGAUACUCCUGUCUGUAAGACAUUGGUAUAUUUUAGCACCCAUUAUAAUAGCACCCAUAUAUAAUGGUAACCUGGAAAUCAUUGUGCUGUCUGGCUUGCAGCUACACAGUAAAGCACGGUCAUGGUUCAUACAGACAAAUAUGUUUUCAAUGACAAGAUUUUAAUAAAAAAUACUUUGUAACUGUA